GUAGUUCAUGCUUGUUUUAUUGAGUAUAAUAAGUCCUUUGAUAGCAAACUUAUGCUUAGGCACAUAUUCUGAGCCCCAGAGAUAAUUUGCCAGUCUGGAAAAGGGAACAUCUGUGCUAUAGCUUGGCAUGAAAUUUGCCUUGGCUGUCAUUUUAAAGCUUGUUCCAGAAGUGGGGGGUGGGGUGAGAAUUAGGGAAGAAAAAUAAGGAAUAUUGCAAACGAUCAAAGUCAGUGUUAGUUUGUCCACAACCUGCUGCGUUUGGAUCUGGGGCAGUCAGGAGCACAUCUGUACAUGAAAGAAAACUCCUUUUAUGAUUGGCGGUGUUUGCGUUAGUCUGACCCCAAGAUUGUGGCUGGUCCUCGUGUCUAGAACCAGGAGGUGGAAGACACAAGGGGCGGUUAAGGAAACACCGUUUGAAAAUAAUCUAAAGCUACUAAAGUUUGCUAGGAACUCAAACAUCAGGGUUCCCAGAAACGGAAUGUGUGGCCACAUUUGCAGCCAGGAGCUGAGAAAUUAACCAGGUGGGAUGUUAUCAAUUUGACCUGUAGGCAUUUGAUUACCAGCUCAAAAGUCACCUCCAGGUGACCACGUAUAAAAGCAUAAGCAAGUUAGAAAAGUCAAUUGCGAGUAUGUCACGAGUUAAUUUGGGUUUGCACGUCUGCAAAAUCUAGAAAUAAAAGGAAGGACUGCGUGCUUUGAGGUAGGGCCUCUCCUGGUGUGCAAGUUGUCUCUGGCACGUCCCAUUUAAAACACAUCAAAGAGCAGACGAUAAGGAAGAGCCGCCUUCUCCCACCAGGAGUCACCCCUGGGAUUACGCUGGAUCUGUUAAAGCAGAUUUUAUGCUCCUGAGCCCUUUGUUAUGCCACCGAGCGCUAUCAGAAACGUUUGUGACUUCCUGGGUUCAGUGUGGAAGGAUUCACGUCAUGGGAAACAGAAGCCAGGUGGAAGGUGGGGCGAAACGAAGUGAAGCGUGGCUUGCCAGACCCUGGGCCUGAAAGGCCAGCCGUCCUGCAGAAGAACCCGUGCCACGAGGACGAGACGGCGAUGUCUGCUGAUCCCCAGCCGGGCUGGAGGCCCUGGAGAAGCUGCUCGGAGAAGGAGGAGAACGAAGAGCCGGGUGCGGGUCUAGGCAGGCAGUUGGGUGAACCGGGGAAAUUUGCCUACGCAGCUCUCUGUGCGGUUUCCUUGGCCUCCUUGUUCCCGGAGCAGGAGGAAAGCCCAUACAGGACGGGAGUCGUGGAGAGCCUGGUCAGGUGGCUGGAGUUGCCGGAAGCCGUCUUGCCGUCCAUGCUGGCCUUUGCGGGGGGCCUGGGGGCUGAAGGAACAGAGACCUUCGCUCGGAUUCUCCGGGCCGAGCCGCUUCUGAAAGAUCAGCCCAGCGCCGUUAUGCUAGAUCUCGUCUCCUUUGCUCUCAAGGAUGGAUACUACGAUGCUCGGCUGCGGGUGCUCCUGUCCCACGUUACCCGGUUGCUGAGGAUCCCGUUGGUGGAACUGGAAGAGACGGAGGACUAUCUCCUUGAAUGUCUGAAGGAGGAAAAAGAGGCAGAAUCAGAAACGGCCGAAGCCACGCGGAAGAAGAAGGAGAGGAGGAAAAAGCUGAAGCGUUACCUGCUGAUUGGCUUGGCGACGGUGGGCGGUGGGACCGUCAUCGGCCUGACCGGGGGACUGGCAGCCCCCUUGGUGGCUGCUGGAGCCGCGACCGUGAUCGGAACCGCUGGGGCGGCUGCCUUGGGAUCGACGGCGGGGAUCGCCAUUAUGGCUUCGCUCUUCGGAGCAGCUGGGGCAGGACUCGUGGGCUACAAGACAAAGAAGCGUGUGGGCGCCAUAGAAGAGUUUGAAUUCCUUCCCUUAACGGAGGGGAAGCAACUCCAUAUCGCCAUUGCGAUCACCGGCUGGCUUUCUGCUGGGAAAUACGGCAGUUUCGCCGCUCCGUGGAGCAGCCUGUUGCAGUCCAAGGAGCAAUACUGCUUAGCCUGGGAAUCCAAGUACUUGAUGGAGCUGGGCAGUGCCCUGGACACCUUGUGGAACGGGUUUGUUAACAUGGUCGCCCAGGAAGCCCUCAAGUACACGGUGUUGGCGGGGAUCGUCACGGCCCUCACCUGGCCUGCUUCGCUGCUGACGGUUGCUAGCGUGAUAGACAACCCUUGGGGCGUGUGUCUCCACCGCUCCGCCGAGGUCGGAAAACACUUGGCGCAGAUUCUCCUUAGCCGGCGGCAGGGCAAACGGCCAGUGACGUUGGUUGGGUUCAGUCUCGGCGCUAGAGUUAUCUACUUCUGCCUGCAGGAAAUGGCCAAGGAGGAAGACUGCAGAGGAAUCAUCCAAGACGUGGUGCUCCUGGGGGCCCCGGUCGAAGGAGAAGCCAAAUCCUGGAAAACGGUCACCAAAGUAGUUUCAGGCAAGAUCGUCAACGGCUUCUGCAGGGGAGACUGGCUGCUGAGAUUUGUUUACCGGACGUCGUCCAUUCAGCUCAGCGUCGCGGGGCUUCAGCCCGUCAACCUGGACGAUCGCCGAAUGGUGAACGUGGAUCUGUCUUCCGUCGUCAGCGGCCACCUGGACUACGUGAAGCAGAUGGACAUGAUCCUGAAGGCCGUGGGACUCAAAACAAGGCAGUGCCUGGAAGAACAAGGGGGGCUCCUGGCGGCGCCUCCCCCCCCCAGCGAGGAGAAGCAGGGGACGUACCCAAACAGCACAGCCUCCGAGGAGCCCAGCGGGCUGGGCAGGGCAGACGGGGGGGCACCCGAGCAGGACGAAGGCCUCAAUGGCAGCGGGGACUGCUGGUGCUGGGAGCCGGUUUCUGGGUCGGGACUGGAGCCCGAGGCCGGGGGCUCUCCAGCGAGGGGGGCCUCUGGUUCUAAAGGGGGCCAGCGUGGCGAGAGGCUGCCCUUCGCUCCGUCUUGACGUUCCCCGAAGGCUCUGCGCGGACCCUGGUCCUGGCUGUGCAGGCGACGGGGCACCCGGGGAGAUGUGUUUUGCACGAGGCCUUCGCGGGGAGCUUAGAAGCGAAUUCCCGAAGCUAUUUCUGCCCUGCUGCUGUGUCUCAGACCGGCGGGUGGCCCAGAAGGCCUCCGAAGCCGGACAUGAAAGCCAGCAACUCCCCUGGGUGCUCUUUUCUCUGACGUCAGGUAUUCUCCCCCUGGAAGUGGAGGCUCCGUCUCCGCCACCAAGAUUUAUUUUCCCCCUUGGCUGCGUCCACGGCAGGUGCUCACAGACCACAGCUUCCAUUCUCCACCAGCAGCAUGGCUGAACCGGCUAGAAGAAAGGGCUUUGUAGUCCAAUCGGGUCUGGGGGAGGUGGAGUUUGGAAGGGCUGGCCCCACAGCACAGAGAAUGCUUUUUUUUCCCCCUUUUAAAAAAGGACUAAAGAUCAUGCUUGGAAUCCAUCUCUCUGUGAGAAGCUCUUUCGAUCGCCCGCGGAGCCAGACUGCAAGGAUCUUCAUCCGCGUGGCAUGAAGGAGCCUCGGGUCCAGCGCCAGCCCUUCCAAGCUGGGGGUGCCUGGCCCGAUUUGGAGUCGGGCAGAGCAAGAGGAAAGGUAGCCUGCUGCUAAAGAGGGAGGCUCCGUUGAAUACCCCCCUCCCCCGGCAGGAAAGGGGCUCUUCCAGUUACACCAGUUAGACCCCUUGAGAACUGCGGAUCCCCCCACCCAGUUUGGGAAUCUGUAAAGACAGGCCUUUCACUUGCCCGCUGUUAAACGUUGAUUGUUUAUUUUCAUUUUAACGGAUAGGCCAAGUCCCUUGCUGCCUUUAUGGCUCUCUGAGCCCCCUUGACAGAAAGGAGGGGGCAGAUCAAAUUCAGAGCAGUCAGAUCAACAGCCCCCGGAAGGAAGUUGUCUUUGGCCGUCCGUGGGAAGGAAGCAAGCUCAAAAAUAAUAAUUAAAAAACAGGCCACGGGAAGGCGUCUCUAGCUUUCCUGUUGCUGCCGCUGCUGCACCUGGGCCCUAGUCCAGGGGUUUCCCAGCUGUUUCUUAGUUUUCACUUCUGUCUCUCUCAAUUUUAGAUGGCGUUAGCCAUCAUCGGCCUGUUGAUGCAGGUUGCAAUGGCCACACAUGUCCACAGGAGGGCAGGCUUUUCUGUCUUUCGUCCAUUGCGACGCUCUUGCAGAUGCGGUCAUAACUCGAAAUUGUGUUUUUAAGGUGUCUUGGGUGCUGAUCAGAAAAGAAAGGGCUGGUAGGAGUAGGAGUAGUAAUAAUAAUAGCAAUAAUAAUAAUAAUAAUAAUAACAACAAUAAUAAUAAAAACAAUUCGCCCUGGGUCUCUUUGCCAGUUGCCAUGGCGGAAGGCGACCACAAGAGGGCAGAUGUCCUGGCCUUUACCAGCCACCCUGCUGCUGCUGUUAAUUUGCAUUUUUUAUAUUUUACAUUCGUUGAUUUGUAGGUGCUUCGGUGUUCUGGGCCUUUACCAGCUGCCCUGUUAAGUUUAGUUUAUACUUUUCAUAUCCUUUUAAGCAUUUUUUACAUUUUAUUAGGCCCCUUGAGUGCUGCUCAGAGUAGAAAGGGCCCUGGUGGUGUUAGCAGGAGUAAAUAAACAUAAUAGGAUGUUUGGAAGGAGCUCUUUUCUGCAGCCUGGGAGAGAUGAGUAGGGUUUAAGAUGAAGAGAGAGCAGACAGGCAGAGAGAGAGGGGAAUCUCUUUACUCUGAAAUUUACAAUUUGGUAGGAAAGACUAGGGAAAGGGCAACCAGGCUAAAAGGAGACAGACUGAGGAAGACCCCGCUUUACCCCCUGUAAGCCCUAAUCCCUUUCUUUCCAGCUAAGUCCACUUGCGAACAAACACCCUUUGGGCACUGAAGGUUGCACGCUGGACCCCGCCUUGCUUCAACUGCAGUAGUGAACAGGAUUUAAAUUCCCACCAGCCGGGCUCAGCAAGUCCUUCGCUGGCGUAUAAUAGUAAUAACUGGCAUAUAAUAACGACGGCCACAGCUUUGUGACUAAGCCGCCGCACCAUAAUUCCUUCCGCGCUGCAGUCAAAUGUAGCGAAGGAAUACAGGACGGCAGGCCGGGGCUAACAGUCUGCCGCGGCUUGCAAAAAUGGAGAAAGCAAGGCGAGAGCCGUGAACGCAAGCAGGAGGCGACAGGUGGCCCCUUUGUUUUAAAAAAAGCAGCCUUCCCCUGUAAUAAAACGUAGCUCGCAUCUGAUGUAUUCGGUGGGGGGGAACGUCGCGCCUCGCCGGAAUUUCGGCUGUCUGAAGAAAGGAGAUGCUGGGAUUAAUCAGCGCGCAGGUGAAUCAGUCACGGAUUAUCGUGGCUCCCUGUCGCAAGCUGUCGUUUUGGAGGAAGCAGAUGAAACCUCCCUAUUCAGUGCCCUGCGCCAGGUGGGAAAUGUGGCUCCGGUUGGCAGCCUUCGGGGAAAACGGCGAGGAGAAGGCUGGGGGGCAGAGAGGUGGGGAGGUUGUGAUACCCAGAGAGGGUCACCGGUGGACUGAGAGGAGGAAAACCGGCCAGGGCAAGCCGCUGCUUC